AUGUCGCUCCCAGCAGUGGCCGUCUCUGCACCAGGCAAGGUCCUCUUCGCCGGUGGGUUCCUGGUCCUCGACCGCCAGCAUACGGGCCUCGUGUUUGGGCUCAAUGCCCGGAUCCACGUAAUCGUGCAGCCAUGGCGAGACAACGUGCCUAACGGCCUGAGCGGGCCACACGUCCUGGUUCAGUCGCCGCAGUUCAUUGAUGCCAAAUGGCUGUACCGGAUCGACUACGCUGCUGGAGGGGUAGAGGAAGGCGCGGUCACAGUCGAGCAAGUCGGAGGUCAAGAAGAGUCUGGGUUCACCGCCAGUCCGAACAGAUUCGUCGAGACGACGUUGCGGUACGGGCUGACGUAUCUCUCGCACGUUUCGGGCUCGCAUCAUGUCCUGCAAAGCGUGAAGGUGACGAUACUCGCGGACGAUGAUUACUAUUCCCAAUCGCAGUCUCAAUCUCCCGACUCAUUACCGGCCGAUUCAGCGAGGUUUACGAGCUUUGGAGUCAAGCUGAGCGACGCUCACAAGACUGGGCUGGGAUCGUCGGCGGCGCUGGUCACGGCCUUCGUCUCUGCUCUUCUUGCUUUCUACUCAAAGAAGGAGACUGCUGCUGGCGAAGAAACACAGCUGAACCAUCAAACGAUUCACAAUCUAGCUCAGGCAGCACACUGUGCGGCUCAAGGGAAAGUGGGCUCAGGCUUUGACGUCGCGGCAGCGGUUUACGGGUCUUGCCUCUAUCGACGGUUCACACCUUCGAUCCUGGAGAAUGUGGGCGAACCUACAAGCGCUGGGUUCGGCGAACGAUUACACCGCUGUGUGGACGACUUGGAUCUGGACGCAAAAUGGGAUGUCGAAAUUGCGAGUCGUGCAGUGCAAAUUCCAGAGAGCCUCUCACUGGUCAUGUGCGAUGUGGACUGUGGGUCGGAGACACCGGGGAUGGUGAAGAAGGUCUUGCAAUGGCGCAAGGAGAACAUCGAGGAGUCGACGUUGCUGUGGACUGCGAUACAACAAGGUCAAGGGGAACUGUGCCAAGAAUUGCGGCGGCUGGUCGAGGUCCAGGGAAUCGAGCACGAUUUCACAGCAUUGAGUGAUAUCAUCCUGACUGUUCGAAGUCUUGUGAGGGAAAUGUCGGCCAAGUCCAGAGUGCCAAUAGAGCCCCCAGUGAUUACAGAGUUGUUGGAUUUCUGCACGAGUUUGCCGGGAGUGGUGGGAGGGGUUGCGCCGGGUGCAGGAGGGUAUGAUGCCGUCUCUCUGCUGGUGAAGAACGACGGCGAUACAGUCAAGACACUACAAGCCAGACUGGAAGGGUGGAAGAGUCAGGAUGCGAGUGGAGCGACAAUCGGACAUGUCAGGUUAUUGGGCGUAAAGCAGGACAACGAGGGCGUCCGAGUCGAAGACCCAGGGCGGUAUGGGGAGUGGUUGUAG